GUAGCUCGCGGGCGCGCCCCCGCCUCUCGCCGCCUGGCGCGGAGCAUGCUGGGUAGUGUUCCUUGGUUACCGUUGCUAUACAGGGCCUAGUUCCUCCUUUCCUCCCCGGUCCAUGAGCGGCGGGAUGGUGAAGCAAACGAUCCAGAUCUAUGCCCGGGUGAAGCCCCUGGGUAGACGGCAGCAGGCAGGGAUUUAUUCAGUUGGUGAAGAUGAGAAGUCAGCCUCCAAUUUAGAAAUUCUUGUGCCGCGUGACUUGGCAGAAGGAUUUGUUAAUAAUAAACGAGAGAGCUACAGGUUUAAUAUCACCAUUGCCCACAGAGAACAUUAUUGGGAAGGAUCAGAUGCUGGAGUCACUGGGACAGGCCUGUGGAGAUUCAGUAAAAGUUCCUUGUUGAUCUCUGAUCCACACAAUACAGUUUUGAUUUCAGAAAAUUUUUGAUCAAGAGGCAAAGCAAGAGGCAGUUUUUGAAAGCAUUGCCAAACCAGUUGCAGAAUGG